CUGGGUGAUUGACAUGUUUGAGGAUUAUGACUCUUCGGUCUGAACGUGCAGCAAACAAAUCGUUGGAAUUUCGUACAAAUCUCGCUUAUAUCAAUUUGAUAAGGAGUCAUUGGCAUCAUAUUGUUGAGAAAUGUUUUCGUUUUAUUACGGUACGGAGUUCUGCGAUUGUCUUUGAGCGAUUUACGCCGUUUUUUGUUGUCCAGAGUUCGGUAUUCCUUGGUCGUGGCCCUGCCAGGACACUCAAUAGUCCUUAUAAAAUGGAAGUUUUGUAUUGAUAGAUGUAUGUAUCAGAAAACAACAGGAUACGAGAUGCUGUGGCAAUCUUGGCUUCCCGUCUUUUUAAGUUUGUUGUUUGCCAUACUAACAGUGUUUUCACGCUGUGCUGCCUCUCAAGUGUUCAAUUUUACCGUUACAGAGGAACAACCGCCUGGUCAGUUUGUUGGCAAAGUUCAUCCCGGAUCUUCAUUUUCUUUGGUGAACUUUAAUUCAAAAUUCAACGUGUCUAGUGAUGGGGUAAUUAAAACCACUGAAAAGAUAGACAGGGAAGCAUCAACUCACUUUAACUUGUUGAUUUUAUACCUACCAGGAAACGGAUUGAUAAGAGCAAAUGUUCUCGUGAAAGACAUAAAUGACCAUACUCCAGCUUUCAGUAAUAACAAAGUAAGUUUAAAUAUAUUGGAAUCAACCCCAGUUGGACAUAAACUGUCACUGACCCCUGCUGUAGACAGAGAUUUUGGACAAAAUGGAAGCCUUGUUUAUGGUAUAGUAUCAGGGAAUGUUGGGUCUAGUUUUGAUAUACGUUAUGUUGCCAGCACAAAUUCACUAGAUAUUGUUGUGAAUAAAACGUUAGAUAGAGAAACAGUAAACAUUUACAGCUUGAACUUAUCUUCAUGUGAUCAUGGGUUGCCAAAACGCUGUGGUUUUUGUAUUGUCAAGGUUGAGCUGCAAGAUGUCAAUGAUAAUGCCCCUGUUUUCAACCCAACAAGGUACAGUGGUAAUAUUACUGAAAAUUCUGACAUUGGGACAUCAAUUGUCAGAGUAAGUGCAACAGAUAUUGAUGAAGGGUCAAAUGCUGAAAUAACUUAUUCAAUUGAAGCAAAUUCAGAUCCACAAAGUCUCUUUUCCUUCAGUACCAGGCAAAAAGGAGUUUUAGUGAGCAAUGCCAAAUUUGACUAUGAACAUGCCAAAGAAUACCAAAUUAUUGUCAAAGCAAAAGACAAUGGAGGUGUGAAUUCGAAAAGUAGUAUUGCCCAUGUAAAAAUUUAUAUUGUUGAUGCCAAUGAUAAUGCUCCAACACUCAAGAUUACAUAUUUUAAAGAGGGGAGUUACCAGGUACAAGAAGGUGCUGCUGUUGGCACAAAUGUUGCACUAAUUUCAGUGUCUGAUGUUGAUUCUGGAAAAAAUGCUGAGUGCAAUGUUGGAUUGAUGAGGGGACAACAAUACUUUUCAUUAAUAAAAAAUCCUUCUUCGCAAAAAAGUUUUCUGCUCUCUGUAAUUGGUACAAUUGACAGAGAACAAAAUUCUCAGAUAUCAAUAAUAGUCAAUGCAAGUGAUAAUGGAACACCUAGUCAGCGAUCACAAAAAACAUUCUAUAUUAAUAUUGGAGAUGAAAACGAUAACUCACCAGUUUUCCAGAAUACACCUUAUUCAACACAAGUAAAUGAGUCAGUGUCUCACAGCCAGUCAAUUUUCAGAGUAACAGCUACAGACAAGGACUUGGGCUCUAACUCUAAAAUUUCAUACAGCAUUAUAAACAACACUGUGUAUUCCAGUUGGUUUAGAAUUGACAAAGAGCUUGGGAACAUCUACACUACCAACUUAGUUGACAGAGAAAAGAAUAGCAGUGUUUCUUUACUUGUUAAUGCAGCAGAUAAUGGCACACCCCAUAAAGAUGCAAAUAUUUCGAUUGCUUUUACAAUUCUUGAUGCAAAUGAUAAUCCUCCAGCCUUUUCACAAUCAAGUUACACAUUUUCUGUUGUAGAAAAUAGAACCUCGCAGCAAUUUGUUGGUUCUGUUUCCGCAACAGAUGCUGACACUGAACUUUUCUUACCAAUACGAUAUUCUACCCUUGGCACAAGUUAUUUUAAGAUUGAUUCAGUCACAGGAAAUAUAACAACAAGCCAUGUUUUUGACAGAGAACAACAGGCAACUCAAGUUUUUGAUGUUGUAGCUACAGAUGUUGGAGGGCUUCAUAGUACUUCUACUGUGAAUGUUAAAGUCAUUGAUAUUAAUGAUAACAAUCCUUAUUUUCCUAAACAUUCCUUUAACAUUUCAAUAAAUGAAAAUACUCCAACAGGAAGGCGAAUUGCUUCUAUAGUUGCAAGAGAUGAUGACUCUGGUACAAAUGCAGAUAUUGUGUAUGAGCUGCAUAGUUGUAAUCCUUGCAGAAUGUUUACAAUUGAUAAUAGAACUGGAGACUUAUUGUUAUCAGCCCGCUUAAAUCACAUGGCUCAAAGCAUUUAUCGUUUAUCAGUAUCAUGUAGAGAUGCCAAGGGGCUACCAGGAAAGAACAGAGCAUAUGUUAUUGUGAACAUUUUACCAGCUGUUAAAAAGCAACCAAAAUUUGAGUCGCAACACUAUACAUUUACAUUUGCUGAAAAUCAAACUGUUGGAUCCUUUGUGGGACAUCUUGUUGCCAAAAUGGAUGGUGCAUCUGUAGGUGAGUCUUUGGAUUUUCAGAUCUUGUCCCAAGAAGUUGCAUCAUCAUUUUCAGUGAAUUAUACAGGUGGUGUUCAUAGUAGAAAAGUUAUUGAUUUUGAAAAGGACAAAAUUUUUACCUCAAUUGUCAGAGUAACAGUAUUUGGAACAAAUCUAACAGCCAUCACAAAUAUGACUAUUUACAUUGCGGAUGUUAAUGAUAAUCAGCCACUUUUUAACGUCAGUUCACUAACUAUUCAAUUGAAUGAAGGAGUUCCACUAGGAUACCAGUUUACUGCAGCAAAAGCUGUAGACCUAGAUGCUGGUGAAAAUGCCAAAAUUUCAUAUUCUCUUAAGGAUCCUUCGAGGCAUUUAGAUUUGGAUGAACAGACAGGCGUUCUUUCUACAAAAAGUUUAAUUGAUUAUGAGGUGCUAAAAGAAUUGAAUGUUGUCAUUAUUGCGGAAGACAAUGGAAGCCCAAAAAGGAACGGAACAUUGCAUUUGAAAAUCUUAAUUGUUGAUAUAAAUGACAAUCCUCCGAGUUUUAGACUUUCAUCUUACUUUGCAAGUGUUUCAGAGGAUGCGGCAGUUGGAUAUACCUUUUUUAAAUUCAAUGUCACUGAUGCUGAUUCUGGUGUGAAUGGUCAAUUCACUCUGAUGUUCAAGAAGUCAGUUCAUUCUGAUAUGUUUUUAUUAUCAAAUGAUGGCAGGGUACAAGUAGCUAAAAAACUUGACAGAGAGGUAACAACGGACUAUGCUUUUGUUGUUAUUGCUAAAGAUAACGGUUAUCCUCAACACAGAAGUCGGGUGAGUUUGACUAUAAUUGUAACUGAUAUAAAUGAUAAUCGACCUGUGUUUGGUGUGACAAGCUUACAAUUUUCUGUCUGUGAAGAGCAGCCACCAGGAACAGCAGUUCAAUCAGUCACAGCUGUUGAUAAAGAUGAGGGAAGCAAUGGCCUUGUUUCUUAUAAAUUACAACCAAAUAGUCAGUAUUUUGAAAUUGAUCCUGUCAGUGGAAUGAUAAAAACAAAAAUAAAAUUUGAUCGUGAAAAUUCACAAGAACUGUAUAAUCUUAUUGUAAAUGCAACAGAUGGUGGAAGCCCAAGCAAGUCCUCACUUGUUGAAGUCAAAAUAAGUAUUUGUGAUGUUAAUGACAAUGCACCAGAAUUCAAGGAAAAGGGUCCAUAUAUUUUAAGCAUUUUACGAAGCAUUGCUAGAAAUACAAAUAUCCUACAUGUUCAGGCUUCAGAUAAAGAUCAUGGUUUAUCAUCUGAGAUAACUUACUCCUUAUAUGGGUUAAACGAUGAAGCAAAGAACCUUUUUAAAGUUCAUGAAACAACUGGCUGGGUCAGUACAAAUCAAGGCCUGGCAUCAGCUGCUAAUUAUAUGUAUAAUUUUUCAGUUGUUGCCAUGGAUAAAGGAGUGCCAAAAAUGGCAAACAUUCAAACAGUGAUUGUCUUUCUACUGCCUGGAAGAGGACAGAGUACUGUGUUUCAAAAUUACAACAAAACUUUGCUACUCCCUGAAAGUACAAGGCCUAACACAACUGUUUUUGUUGCUAGAGUAGUGUCUGGCAGUGGAUGGAACUUUGAAAUUUUGGAGGGGGAUUCUGCAGGAUACUUUCAGAUUGAUAGUAAAAGUGGUGAGAUUAAACUGGUAUCUUUAUUAUCCUAUGAAGUAACAAAAAGCUUUCUUUUAAAAAUCCAAGCAGCAGAGGAUGGGGGUACAAGAACAGAUAUGAUGUAUCUUUGCAUUUUUGUGAUUGAUGAAAAUCGUGAGUGGCCAAUCUUUCUCAGUAAUCCCAUGGUUAGUGGUCAGAAAGAGAACACACCACCAAAAGGAUUUUUGUUUCAAGCAGUUGCAACAGAUAAUGAUUAUGAAAGCAAUGGACAGCUUUUUUACUCAAUUGUCUCUCAAGGCCCUGGUGAACCUUCAUUUGACAUUAACCCAUUUGAUGGUACAAUCACAAACACAAAACUCCUAGACCGAGAAAAAGUUCCACAGUGGACACUGAUAAUCAAAGCCCAAGACAUGGCUGUCAAUGUAAGUGCAAGACAUUCCACAACAGCAACCAUGAAAUUGAUAAUUUUUGAUCUGAAUGACAAUGCACCAAAGUUUUUAUCAAGGAACUAUACUUACAUGAUGGAAGAUGAGAGAAUAGGAUAUCCAGUACAAAGAGUCGUUGCUAGUGAUGAAGACCUAGGAAGCAAUGCAGAGAUAACAUAUGCUUUGGUAAAAGGAAAUGAGAGAGGGAAGUUCAGAAUUCAAGCAAAUACUGGAGAGAUUCUGUUGACCAAAAAGCUUUCUUUCAACGAGCAGUCACUUUAUUCAUUAACCAUCGUAGCAUCGGAUAAAGGAAAUCCUAGUCUUUCAAGUACACAAAUCUUAAAUGUCGAGAUUAUUGAUGUCAAUAACAAUGGUCCUAUAUUUUCACAGAGGAAUUUUGUUGGAAACGUUACAGAAGGAAGGCCGGUUGGUACAAGAGUUCUGCAGGUCAGAGCAACUGACAUGGAUGCAGGCAGUAAUGCAAAGAUUAUCUACCGGUUGGAAGCGAAUUCCCAUUUUGAAAUCAAUAGCGAAACUGGGUGGAUUUCAACGAAAGCUGAAAUCGAUAGAGAACAGUGGUCACUUUACAAGCUGAGCAUUUCAGCAGAUAAUAUUGUCUGGCCAUUUCACUCAGACACAGCAAAUGUUGUGAUUGAUGUCAAUGAUAUUAAUGACUGUCCUCCUGUGUUUAUUGAUGGAACUUCAAUCAACUUCACCGUGUUUGAAAAUUCUGAGACAGUUGCACACCGAUUUGUUGCUAGUGACUGUGAUGCAAAGCCUAACGACAACAUUCACUAUCGGAUUAUUGAAGGUGACAAAAGCAAGUUCAGUGUGGAUGCACUUUCUGGAGUCUUAUCGACUGCAGAGGCCUUAGACAGAGAGGUGAAAUCUGUGUAUGAAAUCAAAAUUCAAGCAAGUAAUACUGCUGCCCCUUAUCAUUCAGUGCAACAAACAGCAACUAUAUUUGUUCGCGAUUUAAAUGACAACAAUCCAAUAUUCACAAAGAGAUUGUAUUCUACAACAAUUUCGGAAAAUACAGCACUGAACACAACUGUAUUGCGCAUCCAAGCACACGAUGAUGACGCUGGCUCUAAUGGGCAAAUUGUCUACUCUAUCAUUAGAAAUAAAACAUCAGUCCCUUUUGAAGUUAACCCUCAUACAGGUGAUGUUUAUGUCAACGGCGUCCUUGAUUAUGAACAGACUAAAAAGUAUCAGUUUGAAGUGAACGCAACUGAUAUGGCACCAUAUGGAAAGCGAACAAAUGCAACAACCCUUGUAAUACAUAUCAGUGACUACAACGACAACGCGCCUAUCUUCACAUCGCCAAUUUUCGAAGGUAAUAGCACUGACUCCAUUGGCGUUAGAGCAACUGAUAUCGAUAGUGGCCAAAAUGGUAUGGUUCGUUACAAAUUCGUACCAAGUAACAGCGUGUUCAGUAUAGACAGUAUAACAGGCAAAGUGACGUUCUACAAUCCAGCUGUUGGUAGAUAUAAGUUGAGGGUCGAAGCCUAUGAUUUGGGAUCACCUCAGCAGAGUAGUACAACAACACUUAUUGUCAAUGUUGGAAGUUACAGUUUGCUAAUGCCAAUUUUCUUGAACAGAUCAGCUUCUGUGAGAAUACCAGAAAAUCUUGGGGAGAAUUCUUAUGUUGCAAAGAUGGUUGCCAGAAGCUCUUCAUCUCGUAUUACUUAUACAAUCGAAAGCAGUGCGCAGAGUUCUGGAGCCAAACUGCCAUUUAAAAUUGACAAAGUCACUGGAGUUGUUUCAGUUAACAGCCCUGCUCAACUUGAUUAUGAAAAGACAAAAUCAUUUGAAGUUGUCAUUCGCGCAUCAAUCAAUGAUAACGACACACUGAGUACUUAUGAGAAACUUAGAGUAAAUCUUACAGACGUUAAUGACAAUGCUCCAGUUAUUGACCAAAGAAAUCACGUUGUGAGAUUCCCAGAGGCUCUACCUGGUGACAGUCAAGUUGAUGCGCUUGUUAAACAGUUCACAGCUCGUGAUGCUGACUCGGGUAGAAACGGAGAGAUAGAAACAAUAAGUAUUUCUGCAGGCAAUGAGGAAGGCGUUUUUGAUAUGCAUCUCGGUAUACUGGUGUUGAAGAAAAACUUAGAUUAUGAACAGAAAAGAGUUUAUAAACUGGAAUUAAAAGCCAAAGACGGGGGAACUCCACCAAAGUACACGACUACACGCUUCACUGUCAAUGUUGUAGAUGUGAAUGACAACCCCCCUGUUUUUGUAAGCUUUGGACCUCAGAAGAUAUCAGAAGAUGCCAGUUCUGGAGCCUUAAUUUGCAUUGUGGAAGCCAUAGAUCUGGAUGAAAGCUCUAAGAAGGCAAUCACAUACAACUUGAGAAGUAACGGUGUCACUGAACGGUACUUUUAUAUCGACCCCACAAAGGGUGCAGUCAAGUUGCUUCGAAAGCUAGACUAUGAAGAAAGGAGGCAAUUUAAAGUUGGAGUUGAAGCCAGCGAUGGAAAGUACAAAUCAAACAUGACACUGAUUAUCGAUGUAGUUGAUACAAAUGACAAUGCGCCUUUGUUUAGCAAGCCAGGAUACGACGUCUACUUACCUGAAAUUGUGCCUGUAAACCACGUGAUCGUCAGACUAAAUGCAACCGACAAGGACAGCGGCAUUUUCGGACAAAUUCGAUACAGUAUCCCUUACCCUCCCAUUGACGCUUUUCUCAUCAACCAGAACACAGGUGUCAUCACUGCCACGAAAAGAAUUGUUUUGAAUCCACGAAAUCCUCCUUACGAGUUGCUAGUCUUUGCACUUGAUGGAGGUAGGCCGCCUUUGCAAUCACAAACAAGAAUCCACUUACGUGUCAAGGACCCAAAUUAUGCAGGCCCUAAGUUUGACAGUAAAAUUUACCCGAAAAGGAAGCGAAUUUUUGAAAAUGUGCCAAUCGGAGCCUUAAUCGAAACAGUGAAAGUAACGGACGAAUCGAAUCUACCUGGAAUGCAGGUUGAAUAUAGCAUUCGAGGGGGAAAUGAGGAAAGGCGCUUUUUCAUAGAUCCUUUGUACGGCAAAAUACAAUUGGCAGCACUUCUUGAUCGUGAAAACAUCAGCAGUUACUCAUUGACUAUUCGCGCAACGGAUAGAGGUACGCCACCACAAUAUGCUGAAACGACAGUAACUGUUAUUUUGGUUGAUGCCAACGAUAAUAGUCCCGUUUUCGAAAAGAAGGAAUAUCUUGUGACUGUUCUGGAAAACAUCACACAAAAUACUGUUUUGGUAAGGGUGAACGCAACGGACAGGGAUGAGCCUGACCCAGCCAUUGGAAAUGGAAUUAUCGGAAAGUAUGCAAUAACAAGUGGGAAUUCGCUGAACUGGUUUGAAAUCAACUCGAAUGGCGUUAUUACUUUGAUACGACUGCUGGACAGAGAGUCAACACCCGUUCAUCGAUUGACAGUUACAGCCACGGACAAAGGAAAACCAGCUUUGACGGGGGAUACGUCGGUGGUGAUUAAGCUGGAGGAUGUCAAUGACAAUCGGCCUGAGCUGAGUAUUCCAAAUAUUGAGAAUCUGAAAGUUUUGGAGAGAUCUGAAGCCGGAAAGUUAGUUUUCAAAGCAACGGCUGAGGACCGGGAUCAAGGAGCUAAUGGCAAGGUUACGUACUCGAUAAUUGACGGCGAUGGUCGCAAUUAUUUUACAAUCAACAAUGAAACAGGGUGGGUGCGAACCAAAAGCAAUAAUCUCGAUUAUGAAACACAAAGAUUUUAUGUCCUGCGAAUUAUGGCAGUAGAUCACGGUACCCCACCACAAAGUAGCACGCAAGAGUAUCGCAUUGCUGUCCAGGAUGUCAACGAAUUUAGGCCUGAGUUUUUUAACAAGAGCUACAGGUUCAGCAUUAAAGGCAGUGUAAAAUCUGGAACCAAGAUUGGAACGGUUCGAGCAUCAGAUAAAGAUGGAGGAUCUUGGAGUAAAGUUCGAUUUUCGAUCAACACUGACAAGCUUAGAGUUGGCUCGGAAACUGGAGAAAUAUUUGUGAAUGCCGAUCUGAGGAAAAAGAAGGAACAACGCCGCCGAAAACGAAGGUCGACGGAUUCAGAAACGCUUGUCUUCAACAUAACAGCAGACAACGGACCAAAUACCUUGGCAGAGUCAGUCCCCAUGGAGAUUGAAGUUGAUUAUUCUUGCCCAGGAUGCAUUGUGUACGUUGUCAAAAACAAGGCUGCUGAUGGCGCUUUGCAGGGAGUUCCAUUGAUUUUAGUGAUCGUUUUUACAACAAUAUUCGCUCUGUUGCUACUCUGUUUUGUAGUCUUCUUGUGGCGACAGAGACACAGGCCUGACACCGAUGCAGGAAAAGUAACUGAAACCAAGGCAGCUGCAGAUACAAAUGUGCCCUCGGAUAUUCCAUUUGAAGCGCCAGAAACUGAGCUCCGGCAGCCCGAUGACUUUGAUUCUUUUCAUCCGAGCAUUUUCAAGCAACCAUCUCUCUGUGCCUCGAGUGGCCAUGGCUCAUCAGGCAGCCAGCUGUUGGGAGAGAGUCGUAGAGCCUCCUUCACAGCUACAGACAAUGGCAGUACUCAUUCAUUUUUUUGUCAUCAUAAGCCAGUUCUUGACUCAGGCAUUGUGGGAGACAUCGAUCGACUCUCGGACGUUACAAUUAGCGACAUCGCACCGUCUUCUGAAAUACAUUACAUGAAUGCAGCCGAGGUUGCAUCAUCGGUUGGAUCGUCUUUUGGUCGUAGAAAUGAAGUUAACUCCUCACUCUCUCGCAAACUUAGGCCUGGCUUAGAGUAUUCGACACAGAGCGAUAGUCAUGACAGUUUGAAUGACUUCAAGGACGAAGGUGGUGGCGAGGCUGCAGGAAGGAUCGAAUUCGGGAAUCUGUUGUAUACAAAACUGGCAGAAGUCGACGCGGAUGAAAACGAGGCAGUGAUGGACGGAACGAGGCCUUUUAUGGAAGAAGGCGCGCCUUCUAGAGGUGGGUCGCUUAGCACUAUUAUUGGCAGUGAUGAGGAAAUGAGGGGUAGUUAUAACUGGGAUUAUCUUGUAGACUGGGGUCCACAGUUCAAACCGGUUGCGUCUGUGUUUUCUGAGAUAGCAAGGGUUAAUAGGGGAGAGAGUGGCGAGAAGACAAUGUCACUGCCUAACCGCGCAUCACUCUUGAAUCAUCAGCCAUUGGCAGGGCGUGUCAAUCCAGCACGAACAUUGGGUAACAAACCUAUGGAAAUGCAAGUGAUACGAACCGCGGCCAUGCAUGAUAGGGGAACUGGGGAGACACCGGCUGCUCUCCCUCCUCAAAACAUUCCACAUAAAACCGGAUUACGUCACAGUGAAAGUAUAAAUUCGAAACCAGACAGUAUAAAACCGAACUAUGGUCGCGAAGCAAAUCAAUCCAAUUUCAUUUCAAACAGAACUAGUAUGCUGUCCUCGUUUGCGUCCUUGCCUCGCUCACCGCUCAGUGCGCAGUCUAGCUACACAUCGGGGCCUUUGUCCCCUAACUUUACGCCAGCAAUUACCCCACUAAUUACCAGGUCGCCGUCCGUUUCUCCACUGGAAACGCCAAGCAUAGCGUCGCCCAUGGAUUCGAAACCAGAAUCUGUGUUGGAUAUUGCAGAGCGGAGUCAUAAAUCAAGGAGUUCCAGGGGAAGUCGCCGAAGUGACAAAAUCACUUUGUCCGAUCGGAGUUCUGAGCAAGAAAUCGCGGUUUAGUGGCUGCCUGAUGCAGAGACAUACAAUGCUACGGUAAGCGCAUCCCUUCUAUGCAACAUGCUGCUGAUUUAUGGCUAUCUAUCAUGUGGUUCAGCGUCUUCUAUGACAAAUGAACAACGUUUUGAUAAAAGGUUUAUGAGCAAUCAUUUGAUGCCAAUCAUAGUAGAUGUAAAAAUUUUAUUUGACUCUAGCACGCUCGAAUCUUAGAAAUUUAGGCCCUUCAUUUCCUGUGAACCAUAGGUUGAUUUCUUUUUAACCUGAAUGCUGUUGGAAAAAGAAUAAAUUUCAUUCUUUCGCCGCCUUCGCUGCGUGCAUUAUCUUUCAUCCCGUUUUAAUUUGCAGUCAUAAACAUUCCGUCAGAUUAGUUUUUAAAUUGGUGAAUUAAAUUUAUUUGAAAUUUAAUUACAUCUAAGUAACGAUACUCACCUGCAAUACCAACGGUUGUUCAUGGUGUUACUGAUCAUUUCCCUAAAAGGGUCUGAGGGUUGCAUUAAUUUGUUUGCUGGUGUAAUGUCCGAAACCACAGUACAAUAAAGAGUUAUGAAAACAAAUAGUGUAUAAAACAUUUAUUGCUUGGGUUUAAUUUUGUUUUAAGAGUUUUUAUAUUUUUUAUAUUUUAGAUAAGUAGUUUUAUCGUCAAUCAAAUAGUCUGCAAAUAGUUUCAUAGUAGUUGAUAAAAGAUCAAUUUUCAGUUAGAUGGAAAAGUAAGAGUAAAUUUACGAUCUCUUUGUUUGUAAAAUAAUUCGAAAACCACUGUUAUAUUGUAUAGACCAACCAGAUUCUCGAAGAAGAUAGCUUACUCCAUAGUUUCCUUGUGAUUUGCAGUGAGCUAGAUGCUCAACAAAGUUGUUUCUGUCCCUGAUGGUCAGAAUUCGUCUGUAUAUUUACUUUUAUGAUUGCUUAUUGUAAUAUUCUUCGAGAUUUGUUGAACAAAUUUGUCGUAUUGGAUGCAGUAUAUCGUAACUGGGUGUAUCGAUCUCUCACUCCACUUGUAAUCUAGUAUUUAUUUACGUGAUUCUUAUUACAGUGCGCGA